CAUCAGAAAGGCCUAGAGUCUAGUAGUAGACUCUACAAAGAGUAGGUCUAAUCAUAUCAAGUAGAAUGGCUGAUGAAAAGAAGAAGAAAGGCUCAUCUCGUCGUGGUAACAAAAGCAACACUUAUGAUGAUGGUGCAGAUGCAAGCCCAUCAGGUCUUCAGUGCCCGCUACAAGGUAGUGCUCGGGUCAUCAAGGAUCACUGCGCUGAUUGGCACAAUCAUAUCGAUAAGUGGAAUGGAAUGAACGAUGCAGGCUUCAACAUCAUCAACAAGAUCAUCAAUCUCAGACUUCAAGCAAAGAGUGACGGACAGAGGAAGGUUGAGGUGCGGUCUGUGGCCACCACUGAGGCAGAGUUUAUGAGUGAUGAGCAUGAUGGGAUGCCUGAAGGUCUUGAAGCCUUAUGUGAACAACUGACCACCAUACAAACAUCUAUGGCUACUCUGAUGAAAAAAAUGGCUGCCAUCACAAAGCAUUUCCAAGGUGUGGAAAAGUUGGAGCAGAAAAGAAGGAAUCCCAAUAUGUAUGCCAGUCCAAUGUUUACAAGUUGGUCAGUGGACAAAUUUGUUCAAGCCUCACAGCAUCUUCAAGACAUGUACCAGCAGGAACUGGAGGUCAAGAAGGUCAUCGUGGAGGAUGUAGCUCACCAUGACGACCGAGACAUCAUGAUGAUGUAUGCCUCCACCUGGCUUCAUCAGCCGUACAUUGAAGAUGAUGCAGUGGUUACGUUAGAGAGUAUGCUUACAGAGACAGGGUUUAGGUGACAUCAGAGGGAAGAGCAGGUGUAGCGUCAACUAAAAAGGAUUACAGUCGGAGGCGCUGUAGACAAGAGUUAGACAACACGAGAUGAAAAAGGCUGUUCUACGUGUAGGAGCAGGAGUGAGAAGUCAAGAAGGUUAACGUUGAGGAUAUAGCUCACCAUGAAGACUGUGACAUGAUGAUGCCUCCACCUGGCUUCAUCAGCCAUACAUGGAAGAUGAUGCAGUGGUUACGUUGGAGAGUAUGCUUACAGAGACGGGGUUUAGGUGACAUCAGAGGGAAAAGCGGUUGUAGCGUGACUAAAAAGGGUUACAGUUUGGAGGUGCCAAUGGUGCUAUAGACGAGAGUUGGACAACAGAUGAUGAAAAAGGCAGUUGUACAUGUAGGAGCUCAAGCUAGAAGUCAAGAAGAUGAUCACCAAGGAUCACUAUGAUAAUCAUGACAUCAUAAUGAUGUACGCCUCUACCUGGCUUCAUCAGCUGUACAUUGAAGAUGAUGCUCACAGAGACAGGGUUGAUGUGACAGCAUACAAGAAAGGCGGUUAUUUAGGAAUAUGAAUAGUGAGGACCAGAGAGGAGAGGCAUCAUGGAAUGAUUUGGUGAUAUCAAAGAGCAUGCUUAGAGAGACUUACAUGAUAGCAGAAGGAAAAGGAAGUUAUAUACAGGAUGAUUAUGAUUGAGCUGCGAGGGCUAUAGAGGAGAGGUAGUGCUGAAAAGUGUGAAUAUAUUAGUGAGCUUGCUUACAGAGCUCACUGUUUGGUGCUAUUUCAAGGAGAAGAUGCGGUAGCAAUACCAAAUUACUCAUUUCUUUUUGGAUGUCCGCACGGCUGUUUAUAUCAUAUAGGCCUUUUCAGUCAUUCGCAAGCCUGUGCAAAUCAAGAAAUGGCUUUUCAGAUCUUUGUUUGUGAAGAGAAUCCAACAAAAUUAACACUAUAGCAACAUCUGAAGUUGAGAAGUAGUUCGCACGAAAGCCUAAAGGAAGUUCCAGGGACAAGCAAUUUAGUGAUUGAACAUGGAUUGAUCAUGGCAUUGAUGUUUCCAAAGUUCAGAACUCGUUGGGUUCCAUAAACACCCAAUUUUUUCUGUAUGUUUGGCAGAGAUAGAUUGGAAAAUGUACGGUAUAUCUAAAUAAAGGAAAUAAAAUCUUUUAUUCAGACUAUUGGUUUUGCUUAUGAUCUCAAUUUCUUUUUUACUCUGAAUAUUCUCAUAACACAUACAAUUUGUCUUUCAGUUCAAGUCACUCUCCCUUUUCAAAUACACUUUGUUACUUUACCAAAUCUUACCAGCAUAUUUCUCAAUUCCUAGAGGUAAAGUUGAUAUUCUAUUUACAUAUACAGUUAACAACUAAAUUAUUCAUACCCUUGCCAAGUUUUGUAAUUUUUUAAGUAUGUGAAAAUUGAUGUGUCAUGAUUUAUGUUUCUUGAAACUGUGAUGCAUUACAGCUUACAUUUAAAAUAAUUCAACCAAGGCCCUAAUUCAACCAGUCCACCUUUCAUUCUAGAGUUACGAAAACACACACAAAACAUCAAAAUUUGACCAGGGGUAUAAAUAAUUUAGUUGUUAACUGGAUGUGGAUUUUCCUUAUGCUGGUGAGAACCGAUGUGCAGAUUUAAACAGUCAACACAUACACUCAGAACACACAAGAUGAUACUGCAAUGUUUUUCAUACAUAUUUAAUGGAAUAUUCACAUGACACAUGUAUAUACAGGUGCAACGUCAUGAAUACGUCAACAAAGAUUUCACUUUUUCUGUACAUUAACCUAACUUGUUUUUAGGUACAGUAAGUUGUUUGAUCGUUUUAGCUGGGAAAUGUCUGGAGUAGUGUGAAAUUCAAUUACUUGCACGAAUUUUAUUUGAUUAGCCUUACAUUUGAUCUGGAUGUUUUCACUCUUCAAAUUAUGGUGAAUACCUCAUCUUAAGUUGCUUUACAGAUUUUCUUGUCAAUAGGAGAAUUCAAUGAUCAAAUAAUGUAUACAAAUUCACUUUCAAAAAUUGUAAUAAUGAAAAGGAUGAUUGCAAUGCAUGGAAUAUUAGAAGAUAGAAAAUUUAAUUUCUUUUUUUUACAAAUUAAAGAAUUCAUAAUGUAAUUUUUUGUAGGUAUACCUAAUUAUAUUGUUUUACUCCUCUUUAAGCACACAUAAAUAUUACAAAUUAUAGCUUUAAGAAAAAAUGCAUAUGAAAACCAAAUAAUUUUCUUUGUUACAUGUCAAAAAUGUUCUUGCCCAGGGAGUUACAUGAUUUAUUUGACAAAUAGAGGCUCAUAAUUUACUUCAGAUAUAACUGGCAUUUUACUUUUCCCUUGUUCAAUUAGAAGUUCAAACUGAAGAAAAAAGAAAGAAAAAGAUUCUAGUCCAUUUGAUGUAGAAUGUAGCACUAUGUACAGAAUUUAGAAAAGUUAAUUCAAUAACUGGAUGCCUAAAGCAACAUACAUGUACUUGUUUCAUACAUAAUAAUCAGAAGUAAUGUCCAUUCAUGUAAAUACAUGACAAACAUGGUCUACUGGUAAUUUGGGUAAUAUUAAAUAAAUGGAUAAGAUUUCGACCCCUA